AUGGGCGCUGAGCCAGCCUUGGACACGGUCGUGUGGUUUCCCGUGAGAUCCAACUCAAAAUUUUUCCUUUCACUGCUGCCAAUUGAUGGAGGAAAGCUACAGCAGGAGGAUCCAACCGCUGCUAUAGCAAAGAGGAGGGAAGUCGUAAUCCGAGGCCUAAUUGAAUACAUGGGGGAGAAGCCAGGAGACUUGAUUUCAGAUCUACAGAGUCUGGAGGAAACUGAAGACACUCGGCAGAAUAUCGCCUAUCCAGUGAAGAUUGUCAAAGUUGGGUCUGGCACAGGAAUGUCCGAGCAGGGCCCACACCAGAGGAGCCUCCUGAAGAACCUGCUGAAGGACUACAACCGUAUGGAGCGUCCGGUGGGAAACGACUCACACCCUCUCACCGUGGUCUUCACCCUCAGCCUGGUGCAGAUCAUGGACGUGGAUGAGAAGAACCAGGUGCUGACCUCCAACAUGUGGCUGCGAAUGGGUUGGUACGAUCAUUAUCUCCAGUGGAACCAGACGGAACACCCGGGCGUCAAAAACCUGCGCUUCUCACACGACCAAAUAUGGACGCCGGACAUCCUGCUCUACAACAGUGCAGAUGAUGACUUCGACUCCAUGUUCAAGACAAACAUCCUGGUCAACUCCAGCGGAUACGCAGAGUUCAUACCUCCAGGGAUCUUCAUGAGCACCUGUAACGUGGACGUGCGCUGGUUUCCCUUCGACAUUCAGAAGUGUGAGCUGAAGUUUGGAUCCUGGACGUACGACGGCUGGCUGCUGGACCUGCAGAUGACCGACGCCGACGUCACUGGAUACAUGCCCAACGGGGAGUGGGACCUCAUCGGGGUCCCGGGAAAACGAAACGAGCUGUUUUACGACUGCUGCAAGGAGCCGUAUCCUGACGUGACGUUUGUGAUCACGAUCCGCAGGAGGACGCUGUACUACGCCCUGAACCUGCUCAUCCCCUGUGUCCUGCUCUCCUCCAUGACACUGCUCAUAUUUGUGCUGCCGGCAGACUCCGGGGAGAAGAUCUCUCUGGGGAUCACCGUUCUGCUGUCUCUCACAGUCUUCAUGUUACUCGUGGCAGAAAUCAUGCCGGCAACUUCCGACUCUGUCCCACUAAUCGGCCAGUACUUUGCCAGUAUCAUGAUCAUCGUGGGGAUGUCGGUCAUCGCUACAGUGGUGGUGCUGCAGUAUCAUCACCACGACCCCAACGGAGGGACCAUGCCCAAAUGGGUCCGGCUGGUGCUGCUGCAGUGGGUCGCCUGGUUCUUGCGGAUGAAACGCCCGGGAGAGAGCGACGAUCCCGAGCGUCCCCCCUGCGCCCCGCACCUCCGCCGCUGCUCCUCCGGCUCCCAAAGCGGCAGCAUUCCCAACCCUCCGGACCCCACGCUACACCCCCUCCACCCGCAGAACCUGGGCUCUCUGCACACGGGACACCCCCACUUGCACUCUCAGAGCAGCGCCAACAACAAUGGAAACCUGCUCUACAUGGGAUUUCAAAGCUUGGACGAGCCGGGGCUGCUGUCCGAAGCAGUGCAUAGGAAUCUUGCUUUGGGACCUCCCAGAGUGGCAGGCAGCCCACCCCCGCAUUUACCCUCACAGUUCUGCAGUUCGCCUCCCCCUCCCACGCCCAAUUUGGACACGGGAUGCCCCAGUACGGUGUCCAGUGGCGGGGGUUUCGGCGGAGGACACGGCGGCCUCGGAGGCUGCUCCACGUCUGUCAUCGGAGACCCGCAGCUCCAGGCCAUUCUGGAGGAGGUGCGCUACAUGGCGGACAGGUUUCGCGAGCAGGACGAAACGGAAAGCAUGGCGGACCAGUGGAAGUUCGCGGGCGCCGUCAUCGACCGCCUGUGUCUGGUGGCGUUCAGUGUCUUCAACAUUAUUUGCACCAUUUCGAUCCUCAUGUCCGCGCCGAACUUUGUGGAGGCUAUUUCCAAGGAUUUUGUCUGA